AUAUAGGUUGUAUGCCAGACUGUUUGCGGAAAGGCUGCACUGUUUCCACGAGACAAGCAGGUCUAGACUGAAAUGUAGCUAAAGAAAGCAGGAUAAUCUUAUUUGGUAGUGUCUGGUGACCAGUGGUGAGCCUUCAGAAGAGCCAUGAUGUCUUUCAGGAUUGUCUCCAGGCUUGGCAAACUGUCAGUGAUGCCCACAAGGAGCUGUAUUCGACACCUCUGCAGCGAUGCCAGCAAGGCCUGGAUGGAUCAGAGGCAGACACACAGGACCUCGGCCCACAGACACAGAGGGAAGGAGGAGAGGUCUGAAGAUCCAGAUCUGGAUGAUGUAGACGACAAGGUCCAGGCUGUGUUCAGUGAAGAGAGGAGGAGACAGAGGACGGUGAAGUACCAUAUAGUUAAGAGACAGCUGACUGAGUCUGGAGCUCCAGAGAGGAUGUUGAGCUGGGAUGCCAUGGAACAGAUCCGGUAUCUGAAGCAGGAGCUACCAGAGGAAUGGACCAUUGACCGUCUGGCAGAGGGAUUCUCUGUCCAUCGUGACGUCAUCCUACGAGUCCUGAGGAGCAAGUUCGCCCCCACCCCAGAGAGGAAAGCUAAACAGGACACCAGUGUGUGGGCCAGGCUGAGACAGCAGGCCUUACCUGGGGGUGGAGCAGGGGGACAGGGCAGGCAGGUGGCCUUACCUGGGGGUGGAGCAGAGGGACAGGGCAGGCAGGUGGCCUUACCUGGGGGUGGAGCAGGGGGACAGGAGAGGCCGAAAGCCCUACCUGGUGGAAGAGGGGCAGGGGGGCAGGAGAGGCCGAAAGCCCUACCUGGUGGUGGAGGGGCAGGGGGGCAGGAGAGGCAGAAAGCCCUACCUGGUGGUGGAGGGGCAGGGGUGCCGGGCAGAACACAGCUGCCUGCCUCUGGACAUAGGAGUAAACCAGCCAUGCUGCCUACAGGAAGUAGCACUGGUGCCCUGGUCACCCACAGUAGCCAGAGGCUGCUAGCCAGGGACGUGGAGGAUGACCCUGGCCCAAGAGCCAUGAUGACUACUGCUAAUUGUCCUGCUGCUCCUCUCACCUCACUACCCACCCAGCUCUCAUCCUCACCAACCCUGCACAGCAGACACACCUCAGGACAAGAUAACUCGAGAGAGGAGUGGGAGGAAGAGGAAAAUGUGUCGGAGAAAGACGACCAGGAAGAGAGAUGGGAUGGAAGGGUGUUUUCAGAGGAAGAACUGGAGGAACUAAUGCUGUCAUCAAAGCCUUCACCAGUGGUACCGAAUGGGAGAGAGUUCUUUGACAGUGAAGGAAACUUCCUGUACAGAAUCUGAGAUAGCAAAAUGGCACCCUAUUCUCUACAUAGCGCACUACUUUUGACCAGGGCUAAUGGCACUCUAUUCCCUAUAUUAGUGCACUACUUUAGACCAGGACCCGAUGGGUGCCAUUUUAGAAGUAGCAUGAGAUGUUAACGUGUUGGUUUCCUAAAUACAGUCAAAUGCAAUAGACUUCUGUUGGAAGAUGCCGGAGACUGAUUAUCCCGCAAACCAAUAAAGCACCAUUUCAAAUGUA